AACCCGCACGCUCAAAUUGAUUGGGCCUAAAAAAUGAUUGGGCCUCAAACCCAAAAAAGGAAAAAAAAAGUUGAUUGGGCCUUCAUUGGGCCGGGCGUGUCACAAGCUUCGAAGCCCAUAACCCAGCACGAUCUCUCUGCAAAAACCCUCUCUCGUCUUCCCGUCGUCGUCUUCCUCCUCAAUCUGAUUUUCCCGCCUCGGGAGAAACCAGCAGAAGCUCGAGGGCGGGCGACGACGAUGAAGUUCAAGGCGUUUCUCACGGACAACGGCGUGGCCCUCCUCGAGAAGCGCUUCCUGCCGGCGCUGGACAAGAUCGACCGGACUUGCCACCUCUACCUCACCAGGGACCACGCCGUCUUCCUCCACAACCUCCUCAACGGCGACGGCCUCCAGUCCGUCGCCCAGUUCCGCAUCGAGGCCCUCUUCGACGCCUACCGCAUCUCCAGCCAGAACGACGACCGCAUCGCCUUCGCCGUCGACCUCUCCCUCCUCCACCGCGCCAUCCGCAGCAGCGUCGGCAUCUGCAACGAGCUCGCCGCCGACGCCGAAGGAUCGGCCUCCGAUCGGCUCCAGAUAAAGCUGGUGAAGAAGCUGCCGGCGAACAGCACCCAGCCGAUGCCCUUCCUCACCUUCGAGACGAAAGGCUACAAGUCGGCGGUCAUCCAGGACGUGCCGAUCUCGAAGCCGAUGUCUAGGGCUCAGGUGUCGGAGCUCCAGUCGGCCCUCGACUCGGCUCACGCGCUCCCCAGGACGCUCGUCCAGGUUCACGACUUGAACCAGCUGCAGAGCUUCGUGGACAGGAUGAGGCACGUCGGGGACGUGCUGAACGUCUCGAUCAGCAAGCACGGCGACCUGCAUUUGCAAAUCGCGACCACCCUGAUCACCCUGGGCGCCGAGUUCCGGAAGCUGCCGAUCCUCGGGGAGCGAGCCGAUGCUCCCCCGGAGGACCGGGGCCUGAGCGCGCAGGCCCGGUCCGAGAGGGCGGUCUCGAGGGGCGACGCGGAGGCGGUGCAGGUGAGCGUGAAGCACUUUGCCAAGAGCCUCCAGUGUCACACGGCGAGGCCAGACUGCGCCUUCUACGGGAUCGCCGAGCAGGGCGCGUGCUUGACCGUGAUCUUCCAGUUCUUCAUUCCAGGGACCCGGCAAACCGACAAGUCGAUCAGCUUGCAUUGCAGGCUCCCUGUACUCGACCCCGGCACGAAUUGAACCCCAGAGUCGGUUCAUUAUUCAAUCCUCCAUUUGUGUAUGAUUCGCAACUAUUGAAUACAAAUUUCGACCUUUCGUUUUCUACAAA